AUGAACCUGUUCUUUAGAAAAGUUUACCCUUUUGGUUUUAGUUUUUGUUUCAGUUUUUGUUUCAGUUUUUGUUUUUUGUUUUUCUUAUUUUUAAAAAAAUGUACACUAUGUGAAAAAUUAGAUUUAGUAAAUAAAUUCUCCUUCAAUGAUGUUAAGAGGGCAAAAAAUGAUUUGGUCUUGGGCUCAAGGGCAUUAUACCCGCUGAUACAUGACCUCGAAGCAGAUGAUGAGAGCAUCUCAACUGCGGGAAACACGUAUGACGAAUUGUCCUUCCCUAACCCUUUUGAUCAUCCGGAAGAAUGUGUAUUAUCCUUGGGAAUAAGCCAUUCAUGGCUGUGUGAUCCUUCUCAUCUGUUAAGUUUAGAAGAUCAAUUGAACAUUGAAGCAAUUCUGCUCAAAAUACGGGAUAUGAAUUUUCAUAAAUGCUCAGAUAACGGAACUUAUUAUUACCAAGUAUCCGUGGCCAUAGUGCCUCAAAUUUUUGUAGGUAAAAACAGCUCCUAUGAAAAGUCGGCUAACCAUUUUUCUCAAAAUUUACUGAGAAAAUGGGGAAUAGGAAAUAAAGAAUGUCAUGAUGGAAUUUUAUUAGUUUAUAUAAAACAAUUAGGAAGUUUUAUUGUAGCUAAAAGAGAAGGUGUUGAAGAUAAAUUUGUAAAUGAAAAAGAAAUAAGAAAGCAAUUUAUGAGAACUUAUUUUGCUACAGGGUCUAUCGGAAAUGCCAUAAUUGAGUCUUUAAAAUAUAUUAACAAGCAGUUGCCCUCAAAACCGCAAGAAUUAACUAACACAGCAAAAAUGUUUUUAUUGUUAAUUCUUCUCUACGUUGUGUCCAUUCUUAUCAUAUACAUAGUAACUGUUGUGUAUGGUAAAAGUAAAUGA